AUGUCGACUUCCAGCACAUCGACGCUUGCACAGCGUGCAAAGGCCAACUGGGUAACAACCGCGGCCGCGGGACUCGGAGUCCUCAUCGUGGCGCUGCUGCUGGCCAGUCCUACCGCCAUAAUAAACCGGUCUCUGGGCCGCGUACAGAUCAGGGAUCCCAAAGACCGGUACCUUGGUCAUGGAGGACUCAACAACGAGCACUGCUGGACAGAUCCUUCUGGAAAAACCUGUGAAGACGUCAAAAUCCAUCAUGAGACAGACACAGCGUUUCUUGCUUGUGGAGACCCAGUAGGCCGGUCACAGUUCUACCCGCCGAUCAACAACCAUUGGACGUCCAAACGUAAAGACUUUCGUGAGUAUUUCCUAAAGUAUGAUAUCAAGGGCAACAAGACGACGAGGAUGGAAGUCAGAGGCUGGGAUGGUGACUUGGUACUCCACGGGAUCGAUAUUUGGCGCUUCAAAGACGAUCCGUCAAAGAUACACUUGUUCGCCGUAAACCACGGCCGCAAGGGCGAAUCCAUCACCAUCUUCUCGCACAAACUCGGCACAAACGUGCUCGAGUUCGUCAAAGACAUCAGCCACCCAGAGUUGAAGACGCCGAAUGCAGUCACGCCCUCUGGUCCUCUUUCAUUCUUCAGCACCAACGACCAUUACUACUACAACGGACUCUUCAGAUCGCUAGAAGACAAGUACGCCCCGUUCCGCUGGGCGUCGUGGGUUAUUCACUGCGACGGCUCCGGGUCAAAGACGACGUGCCGUAAAGUAUCGGACGACCUGCAAUAUGCGAACGGGGUUCUUUUGACCGAGGACGGCAAGACGCUGCUAGUAAAUGACCUGUAUGAGGGCACGACGAUCGUGUACAGUGUUGAUCCUCAGACAAAAGACCUGAUCUUGGAGAGGAAAGUGAGACUCGGAGGAACCCCUGACAAUCUGGCCGAGAUCCCUACCAACGGAGACAUUGUUGUGCCAGUCUUCCCCAACCAAGUCACCUUGUUCAAGCGCGGCUUCGGCCCCGGCGGCCUCGACUACGCGACCCUGUGCGAAUCCGCCGUGGUUCGUCUGGUCAAGGCGAAAGGCUACGCCCCCGAGCUCCUCUUCUGGGACGACGGAUCGCAGCUGAGUGUCCUGACCGGGGCGGCCGUCGACCCCUACAACAAGCGCCUCAUCGCGGGCGGCAUGUUUUCCAAGGCGUUUCUGGUCUGUGAUAUCAGCAAUGACAGGACGGGGGUUGUCUUUGGGUGA